GUGUGUGUGUGUGUUGAUUUGAGAGAGUGUUUGACCUGGAACAGCUCUUCCUGAUUCAGUCCAAGCAGCUCCACUCCCCCUCUCCCGGCACAGGACUGCUGCUGUGGAGAUGGGAUGCUGAUCCAGACUGCGAAUAUUUCAUGCCUGGAAUCUUAACUCUGGGUGGAUCACCGCACCGCGAGGCGGUGUGCUGGGGAACACAGGAACUAUCUGAAAGGAGAUUAUUUGGACUAGUUUGGACUUUUUGAAGGUGUUCAUUUUGAUUUUGCAGCUUUCUCCUGAAGCUGGAAUAAUGUCUCUGGGCAGUUGCAGGCAGACUAUGCUUGCAGCAGAGAUCUGCACCCUGAUGGCAAUUCUGGUGGCAGGCACUGCAGGACAGAGCCAGGACGGGAGGGAGGCAGGGUCCUCCUGCUACGGGGGGUUUGACCUUUACUUCGUUUUGGACAAGUCCGGGAGUGUGCAGCACCACUGGAAUGAGAUCUAUUACUUUGUUGAUCACCUGGCUCAUAAAUUCAUAAGCCCUCAGCUGCGGAUGUCCUUCAUUGUAUUUUCUACAGAGGGACGUAUCCUGAUGAAACUAACAGAAGACAGGGAGCAGAUUCGGGCAGGCCUGGAAGAGCUCCGCAUGGUGCAUCCUGGGGGAGACACUUUUAUGCACAAAGGGUUCCAAAGGGCCAGUGAACAAAUCUACUAUGCUGGUGACAGUUUCCGUACGGCCAGUGUCAUCAUUGCCUUGACAGAUGGCGAACUGAGGGAGAAUCAGUUUGAUCUGGCAGAGAGAGAGGCCAGCCGAUCGCGUCAACUGGGCGCCUCAGUCUACUGCGUGGGAGUAAAAGACUUCAAUGAAACCCAGCUUUGGACAAUAGCCGACAGUAAGGACCAUGUCUUCCCUGUGAAUGAUGGCUUUGAGGCACUGCAAGGAGUCAUUGAUUCAAUCCUGAAGAGAUCGUGCAUCGAGAUCUUGGCAGCAGAGCCCUCUAGUAUCUGUGCAGGAGAGUCCUUCCAGGUGGUAGUGAAAGGAAAUGGUUUCUCACAUGCCCGCGAGGUGGGGAAGGUCCUUUGUAGCUUCCGCAUCAACGACACUCUCACUUUGAUGAAAAGACCAUUGGUCGUGAGAGACACCUACCUGCUGUGUCCAGCACCAGUAUUGGAGGAGGAGGGGACGGCAGCUACCCUUCACGUCAGUAUGAACAAUGGCCUGAGUUUCAUAUCUAGUUCUGUCACCAUCACCUCUGUCAGCUGUUCGGACGGGACAUUUUUGGCCAUAGCUCUGCUCAUCCUGCUGCUCCUCCUGACGCUGGCUCUGCUCUGGUGGUUCUGGCCUCUCUGCUGCACAGUGAUCAUCCAUGAGCCUCCACCUCCGGUACUGGAAGACAGCUCAGACGAGGACGAGGACGGGUAUCCCAAGAAGAGGUGGCCCACUGUGGAUGCCUCAUACUACGGUGGCCGAGGUGUGGGUGGCAUCAAGAGAAUGGAGGUCCGCUGGGGCGACAAGGGUUCUACUGAGGAGGGGGCCAAACUAGAGAAAGCCAAGAAUGCCCGUGUCAAGAUGCCAGAGCAGGAGUUUGACAUGGCACCAACACGCACUCUCAACAACGGCAUGCAUAAACCCAUCAGUCCCCAGAAAUGGUACUCCCCUAUAAAGGGCAAGCUGGAUGCUCUGUGGGUAUUCCUGAGGAAAGGCUAUGAUAGGGUAUCUGUGAUGAGACCCCAUCCUGGAGACAAGGGCAGGUGCAUUAGCUUCACCCGGGUGAAAGCCUACCCUGCUCCUCGUUAUCCAGUCUACAACCAGCCCUCCACAGCCAUCUACAGUCUGCCUCACACCUACAGUCACCCUUCCUCACACAGCACCCUCUCCCACAUGCCCCCCUCUCCCACCUCCACUCUACCCGCUCUGCCGUCCACUCCACCCCCUCUCUCCUGCAUCACCCAUCCCCCUUACACCCCCCCUCCAAACCGAGCUCUGCCCCCCACUUCUCUAAGUCCUCCCCCAUCUGUUUCUCCACCCACGCCUCCACCCCUUUGCCCUCCCACCCCUCCCCUCUUUUGCCCUGCCACCCCUCCACCCAUUACCUCCGCAACACCCCCUUCCCCAACUGGCUCUUUGCCCCCACCCCCUCAGGCCCCACCCCCAUGCAGAGCCCCCCCCCCUUCUCGCCCUCCCCCACAUCCGUCUGACCAAUGCCUGUGAGGAAAGAGAAGAGAAGGGCAAAAGCAAGAACGGUUAGUGCUAUCCGGGGUCCAUGGGACUUCCCUACCCUUAAUCCUUACCAUUUUCAAUUUCAACUUCAAUGGGGUGACGUCAGAGUUGGACAUCCCACGGACCCAGAUAGCAAGGACCAUCAAAGAACUGAGCACUUGGAGCAUGGACCCUGAAGGCCCCUGAAUACUGUGCCUUUCUCUCCUUCUCCACCAAUCGAAACCACUAUCAACAGUUGGACAGGCAGGACAGCAAGCUCAACUCUAGUCAUCAGAAAUGCUUUCUACUUUACUCAGAGUAUCAUAGAGAAGCUGAGCAAUUGAUCUGUGAAACAAAGUUCCAUUAGAUUUUUCAUGUGCUCUAUUCCAACUGACCAGGAUCUUGGGCAUCCUUUCAUAUACUGUAGCUAGCUACAGGUAGUGCAAGAUUUUGAGUAUGGCUCACGAGACUAUAGUGAAGAUAAUAUCAAUACUUUACUGCUUUGCAGAAAAAUGCAAUAUUUAGCAGAAGGGAUACACUUACAGUUGAAGUCAGAAGUUUACACACACUUAGGUUGGAGUCAUUAAAAAUAGUUUUUCAACCACUCCGGUUAGUUUUGGCAAGUCGGUUAGGAA